UCGCAUUGUCGUGUCCGAUGUGUGUGCGUCGCAGCGUUUGCCGCCAUUAUUUUAGCCGCGCGUUUAUUUAUUGCAAGUAAAUGUGAACUUCCUAACAUAACACGAGGCUGUAUCAAAUGCGAUCAUGACGCAAGUGCGCUACACUCGCAAUUUAUUCCUGCGUGGAAUCUGCAUUAUAUAUCUGUUCGCAUUCCUCAGCUUUUACAUACAGAUUCCGGGAUUGUAUGGCGAUAAUGGAAUCUUGCCAGCUAGAACUCAAGUGGAUCUCAAAGCACGUGCAACGUUACUUAAUAAGCUAAAGCAAAAACCAACAUUGUUAUGGUUUGCGCCAUACUUGGGCUUAAAUGUAGAAUAUAUGCUGGAUGUAUUAUCUCUUCUUGGAGCUGUUUUGUCUUUUAUAGGAUUUGUUACACAGACAUUCUGUAUUGCACCUGUAUUUGCAGGAUUAUGGUCUCUAUACUUUUCUUUAUACCAGAUUGGUCAAACGUUUAUAUGGUUUCAAUGGGAUAGUCUGUUAUUGGAAACUGGAUUUCUAUGUAUAUUUAUAGCACCAUUUUGGUAUCCUCGUCGUGCGAAACGGUCAAGUACUCCAAGUGAUGGAGUAACAUUUUGGACCAUACGCUGGCUACUUUUCCGUCUCAUGUUUGCCAGUGGAGUAGUAAAACUUUCCUCGAGAUGUCCAGUGUGGUGGAAAUUAGAUGCUUUAAAUAUCCAUUUUGAAUCUCAAUGUAUACCAACUCCUUUGGCGUGGUACGCCCACCAUUUGCCUACAUGGUUUCUUCGAUUGUCUACUGUCUUUACAUAUGUUAUUGAGAUUGCAAUACCACUAUUAUUCUUCUUCCCAAAUAGAAAAGUGAGACUAAUUGCAUUUUAUUCACAGCUAUUUCUACAAAUUUGCAUUAUUGCAACUGGAAAUUAUGCUUUCUUUAAUUUCCUAACUAUUUGCUUAUGCAUAUCCUUAUUGGACGAUCAAUUCUUUUACAAACAAAGAUCUCAAAAAAAUGCAUCUCAUAUUUUGAAUCAUCUGUCUACACUAAUAAGCAUAUUGGUUUAUGGAGGAAUAUUGUACGGAGCAUAUAUUUAUUUCGGUCUCAAGAUAACAGAUGACUUUACCAUUAAAUCUAACAUUGCGUUUACACAAGAAGAAUUUGAUUUUGUUAUACAACGUGCGGUACCGAUUUCUAUAUAUGUCGGCGCAGUAUCACUCGUAUUCACGAUAGCGGACUCUCUAACUAAUUCCAUGCUCACAAAAGGAAUGUAUAAUAAAAUAACAACAGCGUUAAUUACAGUUUCCUACAUUGUACCUGUACUCUUUAUUUUUGUUAUAAGUCUUGUACCACAUUAUACCAGUUUGGUUCCAGUGACCAAUUCGACGGUAAUAGCCCAAAUAAAACAAGUACAGGACAAGGUGGAGCAUCUGCGUUUAGUGAACAGCUAUGGGCUAUUUCGUCGUAUGACGGGAACCGACGGUAGGCCAGAAGUUAUAAUAGAAGGGAGUAACGAUAUUGAUGGACCUUGGAAGGAUUAUGAAUUUUUAUACAAGGCUGGAAAUGUUAACAACUCUUUACCAUUUGUCGCACCUCAUCAACCUCGCCUCGAUUGGCAAAUGUGGUUCGCUGCUUUAGGUACAUAUCAUCAAAAUCCAUUUGUAAUGUCGCUAGCUUAUCGUUUAUUGAAUGGGCAAUCCGAGGUACUGGAUUUAAUAAAUACUGUUGAGAGUCCGUUCAAAAAUAAACCUCCGAAGUAUAUUAAAGCUAGUAUUUAUCACUACCAUUAUACGCCGUGGAGUCAAACAUCGAGUACUCGAGCUUGGUGGACCAGAGAAAAAGUGGGUGAAUAUUUUCCAAUAUUCAGUAAAGAUCACCAGCCACUCAUCGAAUAUCUGACAAAAUUGAAGAUUCUUCAAGAAAAGCCAGGUUUUAAGAUCAAGGCCGAACCACUGAAGUUAAUUUUGGACAAGCUUAGGUGGUCGGUUUGUAACGUAGAGGCGAGUCUACUCUUAUGGGGUGUUUUUACAGCCGGAUGUACAUUAAUCGUAGCAGGUUAUUAUGACAGACCAGUGGCAAAAAAGAAAUAGCUAUCGAGCGAUAAUCAUUAUAAAAACAUAAAAAGUUAAAACCUAAAAAAAUAUGAGUGUUAACGAAAUAGAAUGCAAGCUGUAAAAUAUAUAUAUAAACUAACGUUGCUUGCAAUAUAACUUGGAUAUGCAGGUACUUUUUGCAUGUAAAAUAUACAUUUGCAUUUCUUCUUUCUAAUAGAUCAGACAAUAUUAACCAUUACAGAUGUGUCUGAUUACACACAUUCAAUAAAACUCUACUAAAAUAUAUUGAUUCUUAAUAAAAAUAAAAAAAAACUAGAAAAAAGACCCCAUUAUUUUACAUGAAUCAAUAUUUACUAGAAGACCUGAUAUAUCCAUAUAUGCUCGAAUUAUAUUUUGUUUUCUUCACUUUGUUAAAAUAACUUCCAUUUUAUUAUUUUGUGAUAUUUGUCACUGCAAGAGAUAUGUGAUAUAAUUUAUAAUUGAUGCUUGAUUAUUUAAUUUUGCUAAUUUUGUCGAUUUUCGAGGAUGACAGUAAUAAAAAAAAGUACAUUUAUUAUACAUAAAAAUAAAAAGUAAAGAAAAAGUGAUAAAAACAAGAUAUGACACAUUUUUAUAUGCAAAACAUAUUUUCUUACAUACAUAAUUGCUAUUGCAUUUUUUCUAAUGUCUUUUUACAGAGUUAUAUGUUUCUUGAGAUUAUUUACAUAGCUUGUGUAAGUAGAUAAGUUUAGAUAAAAGUACAUUUUUCUACAUGAUUCAGUGGCCACACUCUUAUGACCUUUCCAUAAAAAUCUAUAACUCUGUAACUUUAUAUUACAUUUAUAGUUGUAUGAUAUAUAUUACAUUCAUAGUUUGUAAUGUCCAUAUGUAUACAUAUUCUAAAUGCAUAUGUGCAAACGUAAACAUAUACUUUUCAGACCACCACUAUCACUAAUCACAGUUAUGUAAUGAAAUGAACUAAAAUAAACUAAAAUACUUGAAAUAAAAAAA